UGCCCAUCACGAUGACUCGUUGGCCCCGCCCCUAAGUGACGCAUGCGUGGAGGAUAUGUUCUUCGCAGCAAAGUCCUCCUUUACUCCACACACGCUUCUAAGCCUCGGCACAUCUACUAACUACACUUUAUUCAUCCUCCGUGUCAGCAUCAACUCCACUCGUCUCACUCAACUUUGGACAUUAUUAGGCCCGCUUAGAUUGCUCCUUGUUUGAGCGCGCUAGUUAGCUUAGCAUGCUAGUUAGCUUAGCUUGUUAGCCGCUAACAAAGAGACGCGGAUUUGAUCAACACAUCGCUUAGUUAAGAUCAAGUGUGAGUGUAAAGUGUUGUGAUUGUGUGAAAAUGUGUGAAAGAACCAUAGCAGAGUACGAGGAGGAACUUUGUCCAACUAAAGAGGAGAAGGAGCGACCACAUGAAAAACAUCAAGUUGUGUUACACAGAACAGAUGUCCAGCAGCCCCCUCACAUUAAAGAGGAAGAGGAGAAUCCACAGCCCCCUCACAUUAAAGAGGAAGAGGAGAAUCCACAACCCCCCCACAUUAAAGAGGAAGAGGAGGAAGUGUGGAUGAGUCAGGAGGGAGAGUGUCCUGUAGGGCAGGAGGAGGCUGAUGUCAGCAAGUUUCCACUGACUGUUGUCUCUGUGAAGACUGAAGAGCAUGAAGACAAACCACCUGAGUCCUCACAGCUUCAUCACAGUCCAAACCUCAAUGAAGAACAUCUUUUUCGUGAGCAGGAAGAGGAACCACAGCCCCCCCACAUUAAAGAGGAAGUUGAGACGCCACAGACCCAUAAUGUUAAACUGACCCUUCACAUUAAAGGGCAAGCGGAGGACCCACUGAACUUACACAUCAAAAAUAAAGAGGAGGACCCACUGACCCCUCACAUUAAACAGGAAGAGGAGGACCCACUGAACCCUCACAUUAAAGAGGAAGAGGAAGACCAAGAUACGCCGCACAUUAAAGAGGAAGAGGAGGACCAAGAGCCGCCGCACAUUAAAGAGGAAGAGGAGGAAGAGGGCAUCAGUCAGCCUAAAUGGUUGGAGGAGUUCCCAGUGACUGGUGUCCCUGUGAAGAGUGAAGAUGAUGAGGUGAAAGGUGAAAGUGAGGAGAGGGGAGGGGGGGAGCCUCCAAGCAGCAGCUCAACACAACACAUGACAACAGAAGCUGAUGGAGACCACUGUGGAGGAUCACAAGCAGACAAGCUCUUAGCUCCACUAUCAGAUAGUGAGGACACAACGUCACACUCUCCUGACACUGAUGAUGAAGACUCUAAAGAUGAUAAGACAUGUCACACUGACAACACUUACUUCACAUGUUCUCACUGUCACAAAACUUUUAAAGACCGUCGCAAUAUGAAAAGACACAUGAGAACACACACUGGAGAAAAACCUUUUUCUUGCUCAGAAUGUAGUAAAGGUUUUACACGAAGUCAACAUUUGAAAGUACACAUGAGAACACACACUAGUGAAAAACCUUUUUCCUGUUCAAUCUGUGGUAAAGGUUUUACUGAAAGUAAGAAUUUGGACAGACACAAAAGAACACACACUGGUGAAAAACCUUUUUCUUGUUCAAUCUGUGGUAAAGGUUUUACAGAAAGUAAUAAUUUGAAAAGACACACUAGAACACACACUGGAGAAAAACCUUUUUCCUGUUCGACCUGUGGUAAAGGUUUUACAAGAAGUACAGAUGUGAAAACACACAUGAGAACACACACUAGUGAAAAACCUUUUUCUUGUUCAAUCUGUGGUAAAGGUUUUACAGAAAGUCAGAAUGUGAAAGUACACAUGAGAACACACACUGGUGAAAAAACUUUUCCCUGUUCAAUCUGUGGUAAAGGUUUUACAAGAAGUCAGAGUUUGAAAGUACACAUGAGAACACACACUGGUGAAAAAGCUUUUUCUUGUUCAACCUGUGGUAAAGGUUUUACACAAAGUCAAAAUAUGAAAAGACACAUGAGAACACACACUGGUGAAAAAUCACAUUCCUGUUCAACCUGUGGUAAAGGUUUUACACACAGUCAGAGUUUGAAAGUACACAUGAGAACACACACUGGUGAAAAAUCACAUUCCUGUUCAAUCUGCAACAGAAGCUUUGGUGACCGAUCAAACCUUGUAAGACACAUGAGAAGACACCCAGGAGAGAAAGUGUUGAGUUGCGGUGUGUGUGGUGAAAGAUUGUCUUCUAAGUACCAGUGUAAGAAACACAAGUGUGCUGGUGAGAACAGCAGCAGCAAAUGAAACUGCAGGAUUUGAAAUAAACUGUCCAGACUUUCAUUUUGACUUUCUAACAACAUCAGCACAUAUAACAUGUGUGACAUUGUUGUUUGUCUAACAAUCUUUUUAAUAUGAUCUUUACAUUUAUAGAUUAGACAGUUUGAAAUAUAAAAGUAUUACAUAUUUGUACUUGUAAUUUUUGAUAAUCCCAUAGAUUAUCACCUUUAUAUGAUAUACAUAUGUACUGGUUCACAUCUGAAACAUCUUCUGGACCACUUCAGGAAGCAUAUUAUUAUUUACUUUAUACAUCAUUUGAACAGUUGUCUUUUAUACAAUUUUAAAAUGUGUGACUUUAUGAAUCAUUUGUUGGGUCUCUAUAAUCCAUUUUAUUAAUCAUCUUUACUACUCUCUUUUGUAAUAUGAUGAUUGUGUUGUGAUUUUUUUAUACUUUAACUUAAUAUGUAUGUACUUGUACGUUUAUGCAAUAAAAAGUGAGAGAAAAUG